UAGUAUUUUCACGACAGUUGCGGGGUGAACUGCUAGAACACGUUUGAGCGAUAGGAAAACAUGAAAAUACUGUGGCAUGAGUGAAACUUGACUUGAUUUGGGGUUAUCUUCGAAGGCAGACAACCGAGAACCAAGAAGAGAGAACAUAUCAUGAAGAUUAGCAUUCCAGAUCCAUCUAGAGAAACAAGAAAAUGUCCACCAUGAAAGUCAACAGCACCAACGAUCCUUUCUCGAGAAGCAACUCGACGCGAUCUCGAAGAUCAAAUGUGAUCCUUCCGAAAUCUUCGUAUUCAUCGCCGACCCCCAGCUCGGCGACAAGAAGUCCCUCCCUGAGCUAUCAGGGUCUCGUCGAGCCCACUCUUCCAACACAAUCCUACCCAUCGAUCGUGCCAAAAUCGCCAAAUCUAUCGGAACAAAAAUCGCCGACAUAUCCCAGAUCGCCGAGUGAAAGGAUCUCCAAUAAAUCGCCAAAGGUUCACCUGAGCAGCCCAGGCGUACGCAACGAUAGAAUCUUCGACUUCCCCAAUUCGGCUUCCGGAACGCCGAAGUCUCCCAGGUCUCCCAAAUCCUUCAAGUACGAUGGGGAAAUACUCCGCGCUGAGUCAUCCUCCACCGAUUCCUUCAAUUUCGACCUGCAGAGUCCCCCGAAGCAGAGAACGAGUACGAUCUACUCUAGGAAACAGUACCAGGCAUCCAAGAGCGAUUCUGGUAACUCCAAGUCGAGCUUGGAGUACCACUCCACUAAGAAACAUCCCACUGGCGCGUACGAAGAUAUCGAAUACAAAGUGUGCCACUCUCUGGAUUCGGAUUCACAGAUGGACUUCCAGGCUUCUUCCGGUUACAGAUAUUCUCUGACAAGUUCCAUACAUUCUUCCUUGAAAGAAAAGAAGGGCAACAGACCAAAGUGCAAUAUCAGAACAAAUCCAGUUUAUGACGAGAGGUACGGCUCUAGCAAAUCCAUAAACGAAUGCAAUCAAUCGGCAGAACGACCGUUGCAGAGAUGCCGGAAGUCGACAUCCGAUCUGACGGAUUUAACAGACGACGCUGUCAAUACUACGACGACAAGUCUCAGCAGACCCAGUUCGCCUCGUAGGAAAGGAUCGGUCAAGGGUGGCUUAGCGUAUCUGGCCUCUAGGCGAGGAUCGAGGGAUUCUUUGGCUUCGAACAUGUCUAACGUAUCGAACGAGGAUAUAGGUCCGCUCAAUUUCCAGAAUACGGCCAGGGGCAGGCAGAGGAGGACAUCCAACUUUUUGGAAUUGCCAGUACCAGAUCAUAUCAGGCCUAGAGUAUGUUCUUUGCCAGAGAAAGCAUACAAUCCUCGUCUCAGUGAUGAUCUCUACAGGCUACGCACGUUCAGUAUCACUAAUAAGGGCGGUGUGGUUAAUUGUGGGGAUUCAAUUAUCAACAGGAGAUCGAGAUCCAACACUAGUGUCAACUCGACUGCAAGCAGAGCCAGCAAUGUGUCAGGCGAACGAUCACCUUUCGAAGGAUCUUGCUGCGGGUCUGGCUACCACACUGUAGAUUCAACGCCUCUAGGAUCCCCUGAGGAGAUGGAAGUGCCCAAGUAUAGGGUCGUGAUGCUGGGUGAUGCAGGGGUUGGAAAGACAGCUCUAGUAUCCCAAUUCAUGACUUCAGAAUACAUGAACACCUACGAUGCAAGUUUAGAUGAUGAGUUCGGAGAGAGAACAGUUUCUAUACUUUUAGAUGGAGAGGAAUCCGAAAUGAUUUUUAUCGAUCAUCCAGCUUCUGAAAUGUCGGUGGAAAACUCAUUGAGUACAUAUGAACCCCAUGCCUGUGUUGUGAUAUAUUCGAUAGUAGCGAGAGCAAGUUUUCAACACGCCGAAGAAACUUUGAAUUAUUUAUGGAGAGAAGGGUAUACUCAGGAGAAAAGCGUGAUAGUUGUGGGUAACAAAGCGGAUCUUGCAAGAUCACGAGUUAUCACGACAAACGAAGGAAAAGCCCUGGCUGUGGCGAGAGACUGCAAAUUCAUCGAGACUUCUAGCGGUAUCCAACACAACGUUGACGAACUUCUUGUCGGUAUCCUGAAACAAAUCCGUUUGAGAGAAUCAAGAGACAAGAAAAAGAAGCCUAAAAAGGAAAAUAACAAACUUCACGGAUCCAAGACGAGCCUAAGCCUGAAUAUCGCUAGGGAAAUAUUGCAGAAAAUCUGCAUGAACGACAUAAGCAAAUCGAAAUCUUGUGAGAAUCUACACGUGUUGUGAACACUUGCAAAUAUUUCCUAAAAAUCUAUUUCAUAAGGUGUUAUUUGGAACUAUUGAAGCUGGUUUUCAUGAGUUGAUUUAAUUAUCAGAUAAUAUGAUCAAUGAGGUUUGGUCUAUGCUUAUUGAUGACUUUUUGGCAGGUAAUAUUUUAGAAGUACAGUUCUCUCUAUUCCUCUAAACAUAGAGAAAAAGAGUUGUUACAGUUCUCCUUUCUUGAGCGGAUGAAAUCGUACCCACGCAUAGUAUCUCUUGACUCCAGGAAACUGACGCUGCUAUAAAAGGCAUUAUAUUUCAAUAUAUUUGGUAUAAAUUGGUACAUUCUCCAACAUUCGUAACAAUGACAAAUUGACGCAUUCUUUACAUCUUAUCAGACUCAGCCUAUUCUCUUUCUUAAAAAUAGGUUACAUUGAAUUAGUUCCUGAAAUUUUGACUCAUACCUUUCUAGGAUCAUUCUCCAGUACCCUAAUUUUCACGUACCACAAUACUGAGUGCUGAUUUUUUUUAAACAUUUCGAUUCAAAAAACAAUUUAUAUUUCUCUAACACCCUGUUGCAGGACGUCCAGUAAAAUUUAAUGCCGUCAUUUUAAUUUUAAUUCUCCAGUAGAAUGAGCCUAUUGGCUACCUGCACCGUUUGAUGGUGGAUUCAAUUUUUAAUGCGGCAUUGAAUUUUAAUCAACUUUCCUGCAACUGAGUGUGGGGGAUUAUUUAUUAUUAUAUUCAGAGACAUCGGCAUAGAGUUCCAAAUCAAUUAUCAACUUAUAUUGUUAAGUAAGUUUCAAAAAAAAAUAAUUUCGGUUUAGAAGAUUUGAGUACAAAAUCAAAAUAGAGGCCAAUGACUUUGAUUCAAUGUUUGAUAUUUUCGUAAAAAAAACGCUCAUGAUAAUAUAUUAUACAUACAUUUAUUUCACUCUUUUUCACUAUUAUUAGGUCAAUCAAGUUUUUUUUUUCACCUACUCAAUAAGUUUUCAGGAUCUAAUACCUUUGAUUCCGAAAUUUUCUGAGUGAACCUACCAUACGAUCAACGAAAAUUUGAAAUUUUUCAUUGCACUCAUUCCUUUUUUCUAGAAUCUACGAUAUAUAACAGCAAAAUGUUUCUUUAUCUUUGUUGUUUGUGGAGAAAUUUACGGAAAUUUCUUCACAAAAAACCAACCAUUUCAAGAAUUAUGAAACAAAAUUGCCGAAAUUAAAUUUAUUUCUUUGAAUUCAGUCAGUUAAGGUAUCGCUGAUAGUACAAAUUCUCUAUCCUAAAGCAUUUCAGUUAGGAAUGCUUUCAUCUCAUAAAAAUUCCAGUUUCAACAGUUCACAAUAUAUUCAAGAAAAUUG